ACAGACCAGACGUGUCGCUAUGAAAAGAGGAAGUCGCGACGAGCGUGUUUUGUGCUCUGCUGUAAAGCGCGUAAUACGGGCGCAAGACGUUUCUGAAGCGCGGCUGGCUGAACGACGGAUGAACGAACGACGGCUCACUUGACCGCAGUCAUCCGAUUCGGUGCCAGCUUCUUGUGCAGCGUUGAGGAGGUUUCGGUGGCUGUGGGGGAAGUUGUGGGCCACAGCGGCGGACAGUCAGAAUAACGCCGCGCUGCUCUUCCUGCAUCAGAUUGCGAAAGUGAAUCCGGUGAUCCACACUGGGAUCGCUAUUAACGAUCUGCAUGUCGCGGUGAUGCCGCUUAGCCAACCGGCGACAAAGAUCGCUUCAUCCAUCGUCCCUCCCUUUGUACGUGGCGAACUCAUCAGCCGCUGCGAGCGGCCGCCGCCGCCGCACGUGUCGGCUGCUGAGCGCUGCUGUGUUGACGUGUGGGCUGCGGCUGCGGUCACGUCCGCUGCGACCUCUGAAGCUCAGCCCAGCGCUGACUCUGGUGAUGGUGCUAUAGAUGAGCGAAGAGUGGGGAGGAGAAGUGAUUUUAAGAAUUUAAGUCACAACACUGCACUGAGUGGAGGCGUGUGCUUCCUGUUGCCAAGAACAUUUUCUCCGCUUUCCCUGGAGGUCGAGCGCGUAGAAGGGAGGCUCCUCGUAGCCACAUCUCGAUUUGAACAUUUUACCGUUGUUUUUAUUAAUGUAUAUGCUCCAACUAAUGGUACAGAGAGAAGGUCAUUUUUUAACAAUAUCUGUGAUAAGGUUGACAAACACAGAUCAGAGGAUUUUUUAAGGUUAAAUGGGCUUCCUCCGUAACUCUCUGUACUGGUUGCUCAAGGUGCACAAAUCGACAUCUGCAGUAGUGUCACACCUGGACUGAUGGAGGCGCUGCGCCGCACAAUGAGACUGCCUACAGCAAGUGGUGGACGCAGCAGGACCGACUUUGGCCAACGCACUGGCAUCUGUCCUGGGUAUGAGGUCUGUCCGGGAUGUAUGAGGAUGCACGAGGAUGAACUGGGUCAGCUGAGUGGAUACAGCAGCGGGUCUGUGGGCCCUGACCACACAGAUCCAUUCCCUGGCCUGAGUCUCAUGUUCGGACAGCUGGAUGGACCCCUACUCAGGGCAUGUCACCCAGAGAAACGGAUUUUAGAAAGUGUGGAUAAAAGAUCCUCUACAUGAACUGUGUGAAAAGCAUUAACAAAGGAAAACUUUGUAACAGACCUUGGACUGUGUGGGCAGAGAAACUGUGUUUGAGCGAGGACCAGAACCCCCAUUGGAGAACUUUGUACAAGGCUCCCCUCAUGAAACGCACAGCUGACCUUCAGUGGCAGAUUUUACAUGGUGCAAUCACUACCAAUGCUUUUAUUUCUGUGCUGAAUCCUAAUGUUUCUAAUGAGUGCCUGUUUUGUGGGAUGCAGGUAACUGUUUUUUAUGUUUUUUAUUGAAUGUAGCAGACUUCCCAUUUUUUGCUGUUUUAUCUCACGUUUUUAGUUAUUUGAGGUGCUUUUUGGUGCUCCUGUUUUUAUUUUCUCUAUUCGAUAUAGCAGAGCCUCAGAGAAAUGUCGGCUGAUUAACUUUUUGUGGGAGAGGCAAAGAUGGCGAUCUUUUUGAGCCGCAGGGACAGGCUGCAGGCUGGAUCCUGGCGGAGCGCACUGAGUCACUUUACGUCAAAUGUACGAGCAAGACUAUGGCUAGAAUUUCGUUUUAUAAGUCCAUAGACUCUCUGGAAACUUUUAAAAUACAAUGGUGCAAUGAGGACUUUGCCAUGUGUCUAACGAGGAACUACAACUUGCUCUCUCUCUCUCUCUCUCUCUCUCUCUCUCUCUCUCUCUCUCGCGCUCACAAUUAGCGCAACAUAAAGCGGAAUAUAUCGAAUUUCAAAAUAAAGAAUCAUUAAAUAAACGUAGUAAAAAUAAAGUCAUUAAAUAAAUGAUAGCUGACUUUAUCCUAACAGUAAAAAUAUAGAAAACCAUUGCAAGAAAAAGAAUGAGUAUUUAGGUAAAAAUCAACAAUUUUAGCAUUGAACACAUCGCUUUUAUUUUGAAAUUAUUUUAGAACGGGGGCGGAGGCUAAUUUAGUUCGGGCUGAGGCGAAUCAGAAUUGCACCUGAUUACGGACUGGGUCGGGUCUGAUUUUUUUAAGGUCCAAAGGAAACAGGAGCAGUUCUUCCAUAGACAGAGGAGGGCAGUGCUGCUGAUUAAAACAACUAAAAUGCUCAUCAUGAGAAAAUUGGCGGUUCCCGUGUUCCUGGUGCUGUGUUCGCUCACCUGGUGUUUUCCAGGAGGUUCAGAUGGAAACACAACUGCUCUGUUUUACUGCACAGAACCUGGUUGUGCCUUAAAAGUGAACAAAGUGUUUUGUAAUGAUGAGCCAGUCCCAUUUAACUCCCCCAUGAAAGAGUGCACAGGUGCCCCCCCUCCAAACACCGUCUGCCAGCGAGGUGGUCGGGCGUUUGUGUCCACUAACACAUCUGGUCCAUGCGAGUUUGAAGCAGACACUUAUAUCCAAACCAAAAAAUGUACAGACAACACUGAUGUGUGUGAUUUCACCAGCGGUACGACUCCACCACCUCUCAACAUCCCAGAGAGUAGAAACCAGGACCAGGGAGGCUCUAGAACACACUACAUACCACUGAUAGUGGUCCUUGUCACUGGUGUAGUACUGGUGCUACUAGCUCUGUAUUGGAGGAAACCAGAGAGUCAAAUCAACAACCACAAAGGGACCUGUCCAGUCAGACUCACUGCUUGUCUUUGCACUGUGGGACGAAGCCUGAGCCCUCGGAGAGACUUCACACACACAGCAGAACAUGGAGACUCCACACAGACGGGCGGAACUUAGUUUUGUUGUACAUUUACUCAUUUUGUUUUGUAAAAAAAUGUAUCAAUCCUACAAUGUUAAAAUUAAGGAAAGGACAGACAGAUUUCACUCCUGAUGCUACAACUGACACCAAAAACACACCAGUGACUCUCAGGCAGCUGUAUGUAGGACAGUACAGUUAGUUACUCACAGACAGAUGGACAUAGGCGUUGUGAUGUUGAUGCAACAUUGAAACAACGUUGACUGCUGAUGGUUGUAAAAAGGUUAACAAAAUACUCUUAAAUUAACUUGGAAUAUUGUCAGUUGUUUUUGUGAUGUUGAUGUAACAUUGAAACAACGCUUGAUCAACAUUGCCCGAUCAACGUUGAUUCACCUUUCAAAAUUGUGUAUUAAGGAACAAAACACGAGCAUGAUGCAGAACAGAGCAAGACAGUGUUAUUUAUUAGAUGUAAUAGAGUAGAUAAAUUGUCUGGAUUGUUCAAGGUACAAGAAGGUACAAACCAAACUGUGACUAUUUGGAUCCAGGCUCUGCUCACAUUCAGCCAAAUAUUACAAAAUGUGAAUGCAGAUGGAAAAUGACUGUGAACAUAGUGGGAAGCAAUUUAGGACUGUUUGUAGUUAAAAUGGCCAAGAUGCAGUUUGUGACGCAUGAUUGUUUCCUGUUUUGUUUUGACACAAUUUUCUAAUAUUAAACAGCGUAAUAAAGAGAUAUCAAAAGUAGAAA